AUGUCUGGUACUUUAGAACUCAAGCAUAUCUUCCAUCACAGCACUGGGCCAUCCAAGAAACCAAGCCGCCGGUUAGACAUAACCCAGGAGUAUUUGGCCAAGCAUGCAUCUUACUUCACUUCGCUCACUCAGCAGCUUGCACAACCAGAGAAUAUACAAGUAAAUGUCAAGUCCGACGAUUUGGAAGAGGUUUAUAAUCAAAUGGACUGGCCCAAGGUUCAUCGCGGUAAGAAUCCAUUCACUAUCCAACUUCCCGUAAAGAAAUCACACAGUGUUUCAACAAGAUUAAAGGAGAGAUCCACUCCAAACUUUAUUGAAUCAUAUCUCUCUUAUGCCACUAGUAUCAAAGGUGAUGCGAGUAUGCUUAACAAGAUAAACUUGGAAUGGGUAGAUGAAGAAAUCAAAGUACCUAACAUUACAGAUAAAAACACGAUUGUGACCCUUGCCACCAUAUCUUCAAACGCAUAUGUCAAAUUCCCAUUGGAUGACGAAGACAAGAACAAGACAGAUUGGAUCGAUAUUGGUGGUUGGGAACCCGAUCAGAAAAAUGACGGAAUAAAUUUCGGAUGGGAAGAAACUGGAUUAAGAGGUCAUGUGUUUGUAAGCACCGACAAUAAAACCGUGGUUAUAGGAAUCAAAGGAACUUCAGGUGCAGGGUUACCUGGAGGCGGAAGUGACGAAACUGGUGGCAAUGAUAAGACCAAUGACAAUUUAUUAUUCUCCUGUUGUUGUGCAAGAAUAGGAUAUAUGUGGACCACUGUUUGUGAUUGUUACGAAGACACGUAUACUUGUAAUCAAGAUUGUCUUGAAAAGGAAUUGUUGAAGGAAGAUCGAUACUACCAAGCAGUUUUACAACUUUAUCGUAACAUCACCGAACUUUACCCUCCUGAAAAGCAUGAUAUUUGGGUAACUGGCCAUUCUCUUGGUGGCGCACUUGCAUCGUUAUUGGGAAGGACUUUUGGAUUGCCAGUAGUUGCAUUCGAAGCUCCAGGAGAAAUGUUAGCCAGCUCAAGAUUGCAUUUACCUUCACCACCAGGAAUCCCUCAUUUUAUGGAAAAUAUUUGGCAUAUUGGAAACACGGCUGAUCCUAUCUACAUGGGUGUUUGCAAUGGGGUAUCCAGCACCUGUAAUGUUGCCGGGUAUGCCAUGGAAACCGCUUGCCAUACCGGAUAUCAAUGUGUCUAUGACGUGGUAUCUGAUUUAGGGUGGAGAGUUAACUUGUUGAACCAUCGUAUCCAUACUGUGAUUGACGAUGUUAUUCUUGCCUACAAUGAUACCGCUAAGUGCAUUGAACAACCACCAUGUCGUGACUGUUUCAAUUGGAGGUUUGUGACACAUGAUCAAGAUGAAGAUGAUCCACCAGAAUUGCCAAACCCUUUGAAGCCGCGUCCUACCAAGGGAAAGGGAAAUACCAUGAUAACAUCAACCACAAGCGCCCCUACCAACACCAAUUCAGGCUCACCGGGAACAACAAACACAGAAUCUAACAGCCAGCCAACAUCAGGAGAGCCCACGGAUACCCCGGAAAAGUGUUUGAAGAGAACAUGGUAUGGAUGGUGUGUCAAAUGGGGACAUGAAGGUGAUGAAGACGAUGAGGACAAUGACAAAUAA